UAUAAAUAAAUUGAUUUUCUGGAAAUGCAUUUCCUUCACUAUUAAUUAUCUAAAUGACGGCUUGUCAGCAAACUUAUGUUACUUCUCAAAAUGAAUAGUUCGGGUACCUGCUGGAUUACUCAGACUUAAACACAAGAUACACUGAGUAAGUUUACUAGUAUAAUUACUGUUAAACAGCUACAUCAAUAUUGGAUAUAUGAAAACAAAAUGCAGGAAUGGGGUACAUGACGAUUGCUGAAUCUUUUACAAUACAACUUGCUGAACACAUAUAUAAUAAUUACAAUCUGAGUUAAAAUACUGUUAACACCACAAUAUGGAGCUGAAACCAUCAGAAAUAUUUUACUCGCAAGAUUCCAUUAUGAACAGAUUUGGUGAUUACACAAGCCAUGGAAAUACAUAUAUAGGGGAAACUUUAGACCAAUUAUUGAAAGGCCACUGUAAUGUGAAUAGCAUACCUACUAUUUCUGUUGUGAAAAAAUACGGGAAAUGGUAUACAUCAGACAAUCGACGACUAUGGGUGUUCCGAAAGGCAGAGGAUCUUGGCUUCCUAGAAACUAUUUACGUGAAUGAAGCGUACUACUUAAAUGAAAACAAAUUUACAACGGAAAACGGAGGAGAGUCUAUUCGUGUCCGGGGUAGAACACCUGGUGGCAGUUUAUGGAGAUCGUGGAAACCAAAACGACCAAACUCAAGCUUUCAACGAUCUAUUCCAACUAGCUAUAAUUUGAAUACAAGUAACGCUUUGUUUUCGCAAAGAAAUACAAGUCCGUCUUAUCCUGUCACUAACCUAACUACGAAUCAUUACCACCAAAACACGUCUCUUAGUAACAGAUCUAGCAUGUCAAGUGUCUACUCGGAUCGAAGUGAACAAAGAAAAACAUAUCAGCCACCGAGUCUACCCACAGUUCCAAGUCCUACUCACACUAGCAGAAAUAGGGUUUCGAGUCCGACAAUUCUAAAUCAAAGCAACCAUUUUGGUAGCUAUAGCAAUGACUCGUCGAAUGUCGAUAACAGACAUUAUAAUACCAAUUCCAUCAAUACACGGACGAUGGAAACCAAUAGCCCGUAUCAGUCAUAUGGACGUGGGUCAAGUUACGAAGGUAGGACGACGGAUCGUGUUCCUUCAAGGUCGUCUAUUAGACAACAACCUCCACAUGAUUCAAAUAACAAACAAUCUUUCAAAGGUGAACGUGACAUCAAUAAAGGUUGUUGUACAAUAUUAUAACAACUUUGGUUUACUUCAGUACAGACUAGAGAAUUGAACUGGCCUGAUCAAAAAGUGGGAAAAUAAAUUUCAAUAGACAUAAAAUGUAAAACGUUCAUAAUUCCUGUGAUUUU